AUGCCUCCUCUACCGCGCCCCCGCCGAAUCGUAGGCGUCAGUACCAAGAUGUACUUCGACCUCCAGAGCACCCUCUCCUACGUUCGCGGCAUGCUCCAAUUAGAUGGCGAUGCUUGGAAUGCCCGGAUUGACCUCUUCGUUAUCCCAGACUUUGUCACCCUGAUGGCGUCUGCCGAAAUUCUGCAACCUUCAUCCAUCAUGCUCGGUGCCCAAGACAUUUUUUGGGAAGACAAGGGCGCAUACACUGGCGAAGUAUCUCCACUGGUGGUACGGCAGGCAGGCGCAAAGAUUGUAGAGCUGGGUCACGCCGAGCGCAGAGCAAUGUUUGGCGAGACAGACGAAACGGCGGCAAAGAAGGCAGGUGCUGCUGCCCGCAAUGGUCUCAUUCCUCUAGUAUGCAUCGGCGAGAAGACACAUCACAGCGUUGCUUCUGCGGCUGUGGGAGCUGCCAUACAGGAGUGCACGCCCCAAGUCAAUUCCGUCCUGGCCGCUGUGCCGGAUGAUGCAGAGGUCAUUCUUGCAUACGAACCUGUGUGGGCAAUUGGGGCCGCUCAGCCUGCCGAUCCUGAUCAUGUGGUCAAUGUCACAAAAGAGUUGAGGAAGCUUGCUGCUGGCCGGUCUGGAGUGACGAGAAUAUUAUAUGGCGGUAGCGCUGGGCCUGGUACUUUCGCAAAGAUUGCCGAGGGCGUUGAUGGCUUGUUUCUCGGACGCUUCGCCCACGAUAUCCACAAUCUCAAAAAAGUAAUUGAAGAGGUUGGAGGAGCAUGA